AUGGACUUCCUAACCAGUUGCCUGGUUAACGGGCCUCUUGUUUUUCUCAACUUUCUGGCCAAUGCAUUUUUCCUCUUUUGCAUGGUCUGUCCACUUCAUGGAGAAAAGAUCAAACAACCUCUGAAGCUUCUCCUGUGGACCUUCAUUUACUGUACAGUGACUUACAUGAUAUCAGUUCUGAUAAAUUUCUGCGUAACUUACGCCCCUUUGAUGCUAGCCUCAUAUACGGUGUUUGUCUUCAGUUUGUCCACACACAUGACCACGUCAGUUUGGCUGAACUUCUUCUACUACGCCCAGAUCGUACCUGCACGGAGAGCCACCUUCAUCUGGAUUAAGAAGAACAUCAAAUCCGUCAUUUUCUUUGCUUGGCUUGUUGACAAAAUGUUCUGUUCUCUUGACGUUUGUGUUGUGCUUGCAGACUACAUCGCUUUGCUUAAUUAUCGUUCCCAUGCCCUGAGUUACAAUAUCACAAUGCAUGAUGACACAAUAUAUUUAGAAAUUCCUUCAUUUCAGCAAGAUGUGAUAGCCAUUUUAAUUUGCUUUAUGAGGGCCAAAUUCAUCAUCAGUCUUUGUAUCAUGGUGCUGUCUAGUGGUUCUACUGUAGUCUACCUGUGCAAACACAUGCAGCGUAUGGUAGCAAAUGGACAGCCCUUCUCAUGCCCGCGGUUCAAAAGUCAGUUGAGGGUCACCACCACCGGCCUCCUACAGGGAGUCUUAUUUGUGAUAUGUGCUAUGUUUACUGUGUACAAGUAUUUUUCUCAGGAUAUUUUAACUGGGUCUCAGUCAGGCUAUUCAUUUACCCAUUUCACUGUCAUCAACGUGUACAUGGUAGGAACUACAUUCAGCCUGGGAGCUGGUCAGAGCGUGUUCAGGCAGAGAGCAGAAGACAUGUGGUUCAGGGCAGUUCAAUGGCUCAAAGCACCUGAGGUACAACAGUCCAAACAGGAAGGACGAUAA